AACGCGGACACAGAGAGCGGACUCCGGCUUUUGGGUUGAAGAUGGAACGAAAAGUAGCACGGGAAUUCAGGCACAAGGUGGAGCUGUUGAUUGACAAUGAGGCUGAAAAGGACUACCUGUACGAUGUGUUACGGAUGUACCAUCAAUCCAUGGACCUGCCGGUUCUCGUGGGGGACCUGAAACUGGUCAUCAAUGAGCCCAACCGGCUUCCCCUGUUUGACGCCAUCCGGCCUCUCAUCCCCCUGAAGCACCAGGUGGAGUAUGACCAGCUCACGCCCAAGAGAUCGCGGAAGCUGAAAGAGGUGCGUCUGGACCGGACCCACCCCGAGGGCCUGGGUCUGAGCGUACGUGGGGGACUGGAAUUUGGCUGUGGUCUCUUUAUCUCCCAGAUCGUGAAGGACGGCCAGGCGGGGAACGUGGGCCUACAGGUUGGAGAUGAGAUUGUGCGAAUCAAUGGCUACUCCAUUGCCUCCUGCAUCCACGAGGAAGUGAUCAGCCUAAUCCGGACCAAGAAAACUGUGUCCCUGAAAGUGCGGCAUGUUGGAAUGAUCCCAGUCAAGAGCUCCUCAGAUGAACCCCUCAAGUGGCAGUUUGUGGAUCAGUUUGUGUCUGAAUCUGGGGAAAAGAAGAGCAGUGUGGCUGGAUUAGCUUCUAUUGGAGGGAAAGAGAUCAAAGAGAAAAAGGUGUUUCUCAGUCUGGUGGGCACAACAGGCAUGGGGAUCAGUAUCUCGAGUGGCCCGACUCAGAAGCCUGGGAUAUACAUUAGUAAUGUGAAGCCUGGGUCACUCUCGGCAGAGGUGGGGUUAGAGGUGGGCGAUCAGAUUGUAGAGGUGAAUGGUGUGGAAUUCACUAAUAUGGAUCACAAGGAGGCUGUCAGAGUUCUGAAGAGUAGCCGGAGCUUGACGAUUACAGUUCUGACAGGAGCCGGCAGGGAGCUGUUCAUGACGGAUGAGGAGCGUCUGGCCCUGGAGGCACGACGGGAGUUGGACCGCCAGGAGCUGAUGCACCAGAAGAGGGUGGCUUUGGAGACCAACAAGAUCCUCAAAGAACAGCAGGAGAAGGAACGCCUGAGAAAGAUGGAGAUUUCUCAAAAGACAGCUGAGGAGGAGGAGCGUUACAGAAGGGAGAUGGAGAAGAUUGAGGAGGCAGAGAGAAAACACCACAGGGAAUGGGAGGAGGACUGGGGGACCAGAGAGCCACCAAAGAGCCCCUCCCCUGUCCCUGUUCCUGUCCAACCAGAGAUCCCAACCCCACCUCCACCCAAAUCCAAGAGCUCUGGUAAGGGCCUCUAUGAACAGGAAUCAGGUGAAGGCUUCCAGAAAUAUGUGGAGGACUUUGAUCCAUACUCAAUGUUCACCUCAGAACAGAUAGCUGGGAGAGAUGUGCGACUGCUGAGAAUAAAAAAGGAGGGCCCACUUGACCUUGCAGUGGAGGGGGGGAUAGACUCCCCCCUAGGAAAGCUUGUGGUGUCAGCCAUUUAUGAAGGUGGCUCUGCAGACAAACAUGGUGGGAUAGUGCAAGGGGACGAGGUCAUGGCCGUGAAUGGGAAGAUCCUGAUCGAUGCCACCUUAUCAGAGGGACAGAGCUCCUUGGCAAGGGCCUGGAACAGUGGAGGGGAUUGGAUCGACCUGGUCAUUGCUGUGUCACCUCCCAAGGAGUACGAAGAUGAGGUGACAUUCUUUUAAGACAUCCAACUGCCUACCUGCCAUACAGAGGAUAUUCGGCCAGAAGCAAUCUUUUUACGCCAUCGCUAUUUUUGUGUUGUUUUAUUUUAAUCAC